GGCCAUUGCUAGUCCCACAUUUGCCAACGUAUUUGUAAAUAAGUGGAAUUUGACAAUCAUUUUAAGUUAUACGUGUCUGCAUUUUGUGCGAUAUAUAAUUAUUCAGAGUUUUUUUAAAUUUAUUUAAAAAGCCAUUUUUUGCACAUUAGGAGCAAAUGAAGACGAAAGGAUGAAAUAUCUGAAUUGAAUAUAGUCGUGACGUUGGUUAACGUGGGACGCUCAAAGAACAGCUUUGCUUGUGCAUCUGAUAGUUGUAAUGAAGUUGAAAUGAGAAUUAAAAUUGUUAAAUGCAAUAAAUAUGAAAGUUUUGCAUUGGAAUUUGUAACCAAUAUUGUUAAACAGUUCUGUAAUAUUGUGAAACAAGUAAUUCUUUUCCAUGAUGAAGCACACAACCCCAUCUUUCUCUUCAUCACUAGAACAUUUGACUGCCAAAAUGAAAUCUUAUCCCAAUGGUUCUGCAGACUCAGAAAUGAUUCUGGCCUUAGCCCUUUGAAAGGACCUAGAGAAUGGAAUGGUGAAAUUCAUGAAUUGGAGUCGUUGGAGUCUACAGGAAAGAGUACCUUCGGGAUUCGUCCACAAGUUUCCAGCUCUAUGUUUCGAGGGGCAGAGGAUGAAGAGUGGAAAGGUUGGAGAUCCAGCAUAUCAUUUUCUCAACAACAUUGCUGUCCAUUGGUUCGAAUCACAGAAGGAUCAAAAGUGUCCGAGGUGCUUGUGAUGGAUGAAGAUUUAGUAGAUGGUGAAUGUAAAAUUUUGGAAAAACGUAAUGGAUACAAACUUAAACGCAGCAAACUGAAAUCUUCUGUUCUUGGAACAUGUGAGAGUGGCAGUGGAAAGAAAUCGUGUGAAGAAGAGAAUUUUGAAUUGAAAGAAAAAUUGCAGGAAUUAUUUGAAGAUACUGGGGAAUUGCAUAACUUCUGUGAGUGCAUAGACUUCUCAGUCAGUAGUCCUCAGUUUCAGACACAUCAAAAUAAGCCAUUCAUCAGGAAAUUAAAUUUUUCUGGAGGUGAAAUUGAUGUGCCAAGUACUUCAAAUUGCAGUGUAGGAGCUUCAAGGGAAAGAUCAGACCCUAAUGUGUGCUCUAAUUGUGUUCAUGAUACUAAAAAGUUUUUAGGGUUUAGUGAUGGUGCAAGAUUUUUAUCUCAAAAUUAUGCUCGAGUUUUCUUAGACUUCUAUGAUAUUCAAAAUGGGAUAACAAUGUGAACCAAAAAACACUAUUUGGAAGGUGUUACUCCAAGUUGUUUCAUGUUCUCACCCAAUUCACAGUUGCUUUUGUAAUGCAGAAGUAUUUUUUGAUAUAUUUAAAUUACGGGUUAAUAGUGAUCAUAGUGCAGAGAAUGAAACAUGUCUCUUCGGAACCAGAUUAAAAAAAUCCAUUAAUAAUCCUGUAAAAAUAACAGUAUAGAGAUUGCCAUUGUGUUGCAGGAAUUUUUGAAGGAUUGUUGUAUCACAUAACAAAUGCGAAUGUACCUGGAUAUUUUGAACCGUGAUGUCUUCUGAAUGUGGACUCAAUAUGUUUAUGUGUGCAUCUUUUUGAAAUGCGAGAGGAAAGCUUGGUUCUUAUGAAUUAAGAAUGGGAAAAUAAUAACCUCUCAAUUCCAUUUGUGAGAGGACAUUCAUAAUUUCAUCAUUCAUUUAGUGAAUAAUUUCAGUUUUCUGUAUUACAUUUUAGUUCUCAAUUGAAAAUGCUGUGAAUACCGUGGAAAAAGAACUUGCAUUUCUUUGUUGCGUGUUAAUAUUUUAAGGAAGGAUUAUUUUUAACUUGCAUGAAAAAAUGGAGAAUGCGUAAUGAGAUAGAUAUAUUUCAUUUUAUAUCUUGACAUUUGUUGUAUUUCUGAAGCAAUAUUCACUGCAAUAGAACAGUAUUAUAUACAGCAGUAUUUAUGCUGACGUUGAAAAUGAGUAUCACGUUUGUUACAAAUGAGAAUAUUACCAAUAUUGUUUGUUACAUAUUGAUGUAUGCUGUUUGGAAUGAAUUUAUUCUUUGUUUGGACUGACUGACUCAGUUUUUUACCACACAUUAAUUAAAUGUUAAUGGGUAUGCUGUGUAGUAUGUAAGUCUUUGUUGAUUUGUUCAUUUCACUUAUGUGCUAGUGUUUUUAAAAAUGAGUUCCAGCAGCUGUAGGGAUUUUUUAAAGGACAUUACUUUUAUGUCGAUUCACGACUAAAAGUAUUAUGGAAAAACAAGUUUAAACAUAGUAUUUUCUGUAGUUGAUCAUGCCAGUAGCCUUAAUAAGGUUAUGAGGAUUAAAAAGUUGUUGGAGUGAAUGAGCUGUAUGUCACAUAUUUUGCUUUCAACUUGUAGAGUCCUUUUAAGAAAUGUAUGAUGUUCAAUUCUUUUAAUUUUUUUGAAAUGCAGGCUUCCUAGUUUCAGUCUGCAGUUUGCAAAUAUGGUGCUUUUUAGUAAAUUUGCCUAUUAGAGAUUAUAUAAUUGAGGAUUAUUCGCAAAUAAUUUGUUUUUUCAACAAUGUAAAAACAGAACUUAAAUAUUAAAGUUUGAAAUGAGC